AGCACCUGUCUGUCCCAGGUCAACCCGCAACUGAAUACGGCUCCGGGGGUGAGGCUGGACCUUGGAAUGUCAUCCGGGGUUAUGUGGUCUAGUGGUUCUGAGACUGUGUGUUCUAUGGUUGGGCACUGUACACUGUGGAGUUAAGCGGGAAUAGAGGUGUCAUCAACCAGGAUCUCUAAAGCCCGGGUGGUCAACCAUACAUUUGGGUCUGCCCAAGCACGAUAUAAAAUCGCACGCAGAUUCCUGGCUUGAGGGUACUAAAAUACCUCUUCUCCAUACUCACAUACUUCUCCUCAUCAAAAGCCAUCUACCUUCCAACAACCAAUCUACCACACGUGACCGCAACCAUGACCUCCAAAUACGCCGCUGCCCACGCAUCCCCCAACGGGCCAGGCGACGCCCGCCCCACGGCGCAGACCAUCAUCGACGACCAAGACCUCCGCGACCAGCUCACGGGCAAAACCAUUCUGAUCACGGGCUGCUCCUCGGGGAUCGGCGUGGAGACCGCGCGCGCCCUGCACACGACGGGCGCGACGCUCUACCUGACGGUGCGCGACACCGCGAAAGCGACCAAGAACCUGGGCGACCUCGCCACCAGCCCCCGGGUGCAUCUCCUGCACCUGGACCUCGACUCGCUGGACUCCGUGCGCGCCUGCGCGGCAGACCUGCAGUCGCGCACCAGGGCCCUGCACAUCCUGAUCGCGAACGCGGGCGUGAUGGCGUGCCCCGAGGGCCGGACGGCGGACGGGCUCGAGGUGCAGUUCGGCAGCAACUACGUGGCCCACUUCCUGCUGUUCCAGCUGCUGAAGCCGCUGCUGCUGGCGUCGUCGACGCCCGCGUUCCACUCGCGCGUCGUCAUGGUCUCGUCCGUGGGCCAUCGGUUCGGCAACGUCCACCUCGACAAUCUGAACUUGGAGGGCGGGGAGUACGAGCCCUGGAAGGCGUACGGGCAGAGCAAGACCGCUUUGAUCUGGCUGGCCAAUGAGAUCGAGCGGCGGUACGGGGCCCAGGGCCUCCAUGCUCUCAGUCUGCACCCCGGCGGCAUCCAGACCGACCUGGCGCGCCACAUGUCCGAGGACCAGAUUGCGGCGUGGAAUGCCGAUCGCGAGCUCAUGCGCCACUUCAAGAGUCCCGCCCAGGGCGCCGCCACGACCGUCGUGGCGGCUGUCGCGGCGGAGCUGGAGGGCCAGGGCGGGAAGUAUCUGGAUAAUUGCCAGGUGGUGACGGAUGAGCACGACCCGGCUAGCGGGAGGUGGGGCCCUGGGUAUGCGUCCUGGGCGUUUGAUGUGGAGGGACAGAAGAAGCUGUGGGAGAAGACUUUGGAUAUCCUUCAGCUGCAGGAUGAGUGAGUGGUACGGUACUCGGGCUAAUCAUCGUGAUUCGUUGAUUGCUGUGGGGAUUUGUUGUCGCACCAAAGACCGUCUUCGGAUAUGAGAUAUUGCUGUUUAUGUUGGAAGCGGAAGCAAGUUACCGCAAUUUGCUUGAUAUAGUAUAGCGAAGAUAAUGUAUAAUCUAGUUGCC